AUGGCUCCCGCUGCUGCUCGUGGUCGCAAGGCCCAGAAGGUUACCCAGAAGUUCGUUAUCAACGCUUCCCAGCCUGCUAGCGACAAGAUCUUCGAUGUCUCUGCCUUCGAGAAGUUCCUCCACGACCGCAUCAAGGUCGAGGGCCGCGUCGGCAACCUCGGUGAAAACGUCGUGAUCUCCCAGAUUGGCGAGGGCAGAAUCGAGGUUGUUGCCCACAUCCCCUUCUCCGGCCGCUACCUGAAGUACCUCACCAAGAAGUACCUCAAGAAGCAGCAGCUCCGUGACUGGCUCCGUGUCGUCUCCACCUCCAAGGGUGUCUACGAGCUCCGCUUCUACAACGUCGUCAACGACGAGGCUGAGGAUGAUGAGGAAUAA